UGGAAAAUUAUCAGUAUUACAUGAUGAUGGGAGGUCCAGUAAAAAUUAGAAAAAACGUUAUUCCACAUAAAUUCGAAUGCCAGCCCGACCGUAAACGUAGAACAUGCUCAACUCCACGUAUAGUAGCAGAAAAACGACAAAGACGAGCGGAAAUAAACGAGAUCCUUACAGAAGCAUUCGAGUCUUCUUCGACAAAUCCUGCAGAUGCAUCGGAACAGGGAUUCCAAUAUAACUGCUGCCCUAAAUAAGCCUGCGAUAAAUGAACUCGGUCUCAAAUCUCGAGCUGAACAAACUUUCACUGUGUGUGAAAUACAAGAAGUUGCGGAUACAAGAAGAGACGUCGGAAUACAGACUUCCAUGAUGCAGCACAGUGUUGGCGUACAGGUCAAGAUUCGACCACAUUAUCGUAGCGUUUAUACAACGUGCAACAUUCCAGUAUCGACUGUCAAUGAAUGUUGUUUCCCGAUUAAAUUACCCAUUUGUACGAAUGUUGCAACUUUUCCGACAAAACCUAUUAUUUCUAAGAUGUCUUAUGCAAAUGACACCAUAUCGACAAGCACUACAACUACAUCGAUAGAUAUAAGUAGUUCUCAUGAUUAUUAUAUGUUUAGCGACCAAACGAGUCUCGAUAAUCCUAGUAGCCCAAAUAAAUAUAAACGUGACAUAUUAAAUGUAACAAACUAUUUCAUAAGUACCAACAUGAAAGCGUACCUAGGGAUUCCAAACGAAUGGAAAUGUGAGUUAAUAAAACCACCAAGCGUAUCGUCUACACAUAAACCUACGAAAUCAGAGGUUUUGGAAACCAAGCGCAUUGCUAGCUUACGGAUCCACGUAGAACGUGUCAUUGGGAGAUUGCGUGAAUUCGAUUUUAUAAAGCCACAUGCUGUUAUAAACCAUAGUAUGUUAUCUUACACUGAUGACAUUAUCGUGAUUGCCUCGGCGUUAAUAAAUUUACAUUCACCAAUAAUAAAAAAAUAGUAU